UUCAUUUCCCUCCCGCCUACGAGCUCUCUUUAAGUACUGAAAGGCCGCUAUGGGGUCUCUGAACAAGGCUGCCCAAACCCAGCUCCCUCAGCUGGUCUCCAUAGGAGAGGUGCUCAGUAAUGGACAAGCUGACUUCCGUGUCAUUCCUGCACGGUCGCGGCUUUUAAAGGCACGUACGUACCCAUCCACAGCUGUUACACAGAGUUCUGUGCUUGCUGUCAUUUCACGCACCAAGAACACCGGAACCAAAGACCCACAGCGGAACGGGGCGCGUUCCCGACUCAGCGAACGGACCGCAGCGGGUCACAGCCGAGAAGAGGAGGACGACGAGGAGGUCAGAGCAGCGCCGAUCCGUCGGGAACCGCCCCGCGGGGAAGGGAAGGAGCCUCCGUUGGCACACGGGCAGCGCUGCGCUGCCCCGCAGAUUGAAGUCUGAGAAACGAUUUCCACAAUUUGGAUAGAAGACUCUGCUAAGCAUCGGAAUAAAACCAUCACUGGAAGGAAGGUACACCAAACAGAAUGAGGUAAUUGUGCAAAAUCUCUACAAUAACUGUAUCUCAUCCUAAGGGCUCUUUGAGAAUUGUUUUUUCCAGCAUCCAA